AUGGGCAACCUUGGCCCGUACGGCACAUGCCCCAACCUGCAUGCUAUUCUCACUGGAAAACCAACCCCAGCUCCCAAACGUGAGAGCCCCAAUUCCCGUGAACGGCCUGACCCAACCAAACGCGCAAAGCACCCACCUCAAGGAACUCAUCCCGGAUACCUGACGUACGACGGCCCAGGCCGACUUCCAAUUGCCCCUUUCAAAUGUAAACACCCCAUUACCGGCAAACAGGCAGCCUUCUGUUCCCAUUUCCUAUUUGCCAACUACCAUUGCAACCGCCCCCGCUGCCACAAUAUCCACUACACCAAACAGUUUGCAGCAACUAUGGGAUCUGCCGACACCCAGGCAUUUGAAAAAUUCAUUGAAAAAACCCCUGGGGUGACCCGUUUGGCCCCAAAGCCUCAUGUCCCUGAGUGCUCUACAUGCAUCAUCCCUCACCCAAGCAGCCUCGUUUACCAACCGACCCAGCCACCAAUGUCGCACCAACCCAACCUGCCCCGCAUUUUAACCUCCACCCCUCCACCGAGCCAACCUUCGGCACCGCCCUCAGCACACCACCGGUCCGCCCUGCCUCCCGAUUCCCAGUACUACCAAUUCACUGACGCAGAGCAAGAAAAAUUUGGAGAGCUCCUUGAAGUCUCCGUCCAAGGUCGUUCGUCUACCCCAUCCAUGACCAAACGCGACCGCGAGACCUGGGCAGCCACCAAACUCCCAUCCCCGGUUUUUCUUGCUGUCAAUUCUCCGCAUGGUAAGGACAGCGUGGACAGGUGGUUCAGUACAGAGCAUAAGUUUGAACAUACCUGGAUAUUUUUGACCCUCUUCCACGUGUGCCCAUCCAUCCAUCUCCUCUCCCUUCUCAUCCAAGAACACCGCUUUGUGGACUUCCGACCCCUCCAACAACCCAUACCACCACAACUGACCCCCAGCGUUGCCAUGCAUCGAUGGAGCCGCAUGUUCACCGCAUGCUUACUCCACUACGACCUCAGCAUCCCAACCGCAGUCCGCUUUGUUGGCAACAUCCACACCGGUGCCCAUCGCGACUGGCCCACCCUCGAACCCAUUCUCCGUGAAGCCAAUGUUGACCCCUUCCUCAUCACCCAGCUCAAACGCAUCUUCCUCGAUGGCGCCCCCAAUUACGUCAAUGCGGAAUCGACCGAUGAGAACCUGUGCACCUUCAUUGCCUACGGUAAUCACAAGACGAUUUACGACGACGUGAGCAAAACACAAAGCGCAGUCGAAAAAGACAUCCUCCGCAACUACCUUCUGGCAGCCAACCCAGCCCUACUUCCAUACAUCCGAGACGCCCACACUACUCCCCUCGGGUUGGUUGAUGCAUGUCACGAAUAUCGCAAACCCCGUAUCAUCUUUGAUGCCACCCACCAUCCUUCCCUGACAGCCAUGGCAGUUAACGAUUUCACUUCUAAAGAAACUGAACCGGAAAUCUGCUUCCCGAGGUCAUUUCCCAACUUCUUGAUCUGGAUCUACAACCUUCGCAUCACCUACCCACACGAGGAAAUCUACAUUUGCGACGAUGAUGUCUCUGGCGCCUUCCGCCAUGUCAAAUGGAACCCAAAUGUUGUUGGCAUGCACAUGUUCAUGCUAUUUGGUUUCCUUUUCUUCUGUACGGGUCUCUCAUUUGGCGACAACACCAGCCCAGCCCAAUGGGAAGUCGUCGCCAUGGUCCGCCAGCAGCUUGCCCAAUCCCUUUGGUAUGCUGCAGUAACCACCAUCCCACGAGUCGCAAAAUACCUCCCCAAGCUAUCCCUUGCUCCCCUUCCAACGCCAUCAGACAUUGCCGCUUUCACUCCUGCCGAGCCCGACUCUAAGAAUCAAGGGGUUUUAAAGGCAGACGGAUCCCGCAAGUCCCCGACCUUUGAUCACCAUGUUGACGAUUGCCUAUACAUCGACGUGGCCCUAGUCUUACGCCAAACCAUUUCAGCCAGCAUCCUUGCCCUAUACAUCCUAUUGGGAUUCCCCAACCCAUCCAACGGGAUCCGCAAUUGCAUAUCUUGGGAAAAAGUUGCCAACACUUUUUCCCAUGAACGCAAAACAGUUGGAUGGCUCAUCAACUCGAGAAGAAUGACAGUACGUUUACCUUCCAUCAAACGGGACCGCCUCCUUAAACUCCUUUCAGAAACACUGGCGAAUCCGUCCCUGUCCCUUUGCGAUAUCGCGAUUCUUCUAGGGCACGUUUCAACUGCAACCACCGUCUGUCGAUGGAUAUGUUGUUCCUACUUCAACUUGCAACGUGUCCUGAGUCAAUUUCUCCGAUCCCGCCACCAAUCCAUCAAACACUACAUGAAACGCAACGACAAAGUCCAAAUCAUCUCCGACCAACUCCUUCCAUCCCUCCGCUACCGCCUUGCUUCCCUUAUCGGAAAGGAAGCAGCUACUUUCCUAUGGAACGCCAACAAACGAUUCCGCCUUAACGACCCUGUGCUCCGCGAACUCCGAGCCAUCAAGCACAGCCUCCAAACAGAGACAUGGGAAAUCUACAUUCCUCAAAUGAUCCCUAGAGAUCCCCAUUUCACGUUGUACGGAGAUGCUAGCUUCCUUGGAGGAGGCGCCUAUUCUGACGAACUUCUCUUUUGGUUCCGCAUCGUUUGGAGCCCCGAUAUUGUUGCUGGUACAAAACUGAAAGCCAGCAACCCCAACUCCGUCCACAUCAACAGCCUUGAGUUCUUGGUAGCCUUUCUCCAGGAAGUUGCCACGGUUGUCCGCCUUGAAGGAACUUCCCAUGCCCAUCCAGGCCUGGCCCACAAAUUCCCCAACGGACUUUCCCAAUUCCCAGUUCUGCUCAACCGCACUGACAACACACCCACUGAGAAAUGGAUGAAUGACGCCCGCACAAACAGCCCUUUUGCACGCCUUUUGGUCGACUUGCAUGGUCAGCUCCUCAAACG